CGGAGCGCUGCGCGGCUGCGGCCCUUCGUGCUCUGCGGCGGGACGGCGCGGCUGCGGAGCGGCGCGAGCGCCGGGACCGCCGGGUUGACGGGUUCCGUCUGACGGAGGUUUGGAACUUGUAACUUGGGCGGGUCGUGACUUCCUUUUUUUGUCACUGAGAGGCUUCGUGCCGGAGGACUUCGGUCAGGCCAGCGUCCGUCUCUCGUUCUUGCAAAGUCACGACGGCGCGCUCUGGAGGAGCGGGCUGUGCCGCCGCCGAGGUGGAGCCGCGCGGUGCAGCUGCGCCUCGAGCGGGAGCUGCGCUUGGGGGGAUCUGAAAGAAGCUCGCUUCUGCAAAUCGGCGUCAGCUGCGCUGCUGGCUUCAGGAGAAGGGCUUCAGAGCGGCUGCGCUGCGGUGGGCUGCGGGGUGUCGCAGGUGCUGUAGGUGUGGGUUUGGCUGCGUGGUACCGCGGGUCCUGGAGAACGCCCGAGGAGCGGGCAGCCUGCGUGGGGGCUGCGGAACUGCCAGCUUCGGGUUCUGCUCUUCUGCCGGGAAGUUAAUUAGUGUGACUCAUUACGUAGGGCGGGCAACUCUUUCUAACAGCACGAGCUGCUGGAGCAGGUUUUGGUGGUUACGUGCCCCUGUUGACUCUCGUGCAUCGCAGUGAUGCCGCAGCUGACAACCCAGGAGGCAGCUGAGCCUGUGCCUUCCUGAUACGCCCUGUUAAUAAGGGACCCGAGAAAUGAAGUGCUCUUGCACGCAGAUCUUGUGUUCAGUGUCGGUUGCACAGCAGCCGCUGAGCAGAAGCAAACUCGAGGUACGUGUUUCAUGUUAAUGUUGGUUGGAUAGUUGAAUUGCAGCAAAUUGAAAUACAUUUUGCACGUUGAGUGUUUUGAUGUGGUGGGCAUUGUAAUGUGAGGGUCCAGCAGGUAAAUCCUAAGUCAUGGUGAACUGAAAAAUGUUGGUUUUUUUUUUAGCUCAGCUUUAGGAGAUAGGUUGUUAGCUUACGUAAAGAAGGCUUGUUUGUUGUUACUAUAGAUGUUAAUGAAGAUGGGAUGUUUUCAUCUGGGGUAAAUUAGCAUGAAAGCUAUUCAAUCUUGCUUAGGAAUUCUUUCUCAGUAAGAAGGAACGAUCUCAGUUUGGCCUUGCCCUGCCCUCCCUGCAGCUGAUCUGCCCAAACUUGCUUUGGAAGCUGAGUAUGCUUAGCAGACACAGGAAGAACAAAUAACCCUGAGCAGGAAAUGUUGGAGGAGGAAGAAGAAUUUAGUGUACUGUGGCAGUGUUCGCUGCUUUGCUUACUCUUUUCUGUCAGCUGAACUGAAGAAAUGUGUAACAGAGGUGCCACUUGUUUCUGUGUGCCACAGUACAAAACACAUGCUGUGUGUGCUGCUGUUCAGCACCCAGAGAUUAAGGGAGUGCUUUACGAGACUUCUAAAUGCAAGAAGCAGUUUAUGUCCAUGUUUACCAAAGGCAUAGAUUGCCUUGCAUUCUGAAGAACUCAGGGCACGCUGAUAGUAGGGCAAGGCAUCUUAGAUGCUGUCAGCUCACACAGUCUGUUGUGGUGGGGCAUCGUGAGGUGAAAUUGUUUGAAUUGUUGCAAUAAGUUUUCCAGUUAGUAGCUUAUUAAGCGGUCUUACAAGAAUUGAAGUAUUUUUGUAUCAAAAUGAAGUUACCAGGAUUGAAAAAUAGUUUGCAGAUAGCAGGAGUUAUUUAAUAUCUGUUGUUUCUUCAACUGCAUCAGAUGGUGGGCUUUCUAAAUUUCCUAAGCCUCCUCCUUUAUACAAUUGCACACAGACACUUUUUAUUUCAAGUCCGACGGAUGAUUGCUGUACAGUAGGUAAUUGGGUAAUUUUGGGUGGCUUCUGUAUUUGUGAGAAGCUGAUAAACAGGAACUAGUAGCAGCUGAGGUGGCUGCCGUUCUGUCUGUUCUGUUUGUUCUGUUACCGCCUGCUGCAGUGCAUUGCCAAAUACGUAAGUGUGGCUAAUUGCUUCUUAAAGCUCUUGUCCUGAGCUCUGGCAUGGCGUGAAUGCUGUGCGGCGUGGGAAGGUUAAAGAAUGCAGCUGAUGUCUGCUUGUACUGAUCAUGAAGGGAAGGGGUUUUUGGAGGGGAGCAGUGCAUCAUGUAGGUAUAUUAGUGAUAGAGUAGUUUUUCUUUUCAGAUAUAGGCUAUGUGAAUACCAAUGUGUGAAGAGAGUGAUGACGUGCAUUUUGCUUAACUAGGUUGGUUGGUUUGUUUUUGACUGUGCUGUAUGCUUUCUUUAGAGUGAGUCUGAAGGCUGCUGAAGGUCCAUAUGUGUCACAGUUCCAGCUUUCCAUCUCUAGUUUCUCAGACGUCUGCCAGACACGGAAGUGAGAGCUGUGUAGUCUGCUGUCAAAGAUGGUGAAGCUGGAUAUACACACACUGGCUCAUCACCUCAAGCAGGAACGACUGUAUGUAAACUCAGAAAAGCAACUUAUUCAGAGGCUGAAUGCAGACGUGUUGAAGACAGCUGAAAAGUUGUACCGCACAGCAUGGAUUUCCAAGCAGCAACGGAUUAACUUGGACAGACUGAUCAUAACAAGUGCGGAAGCUUCUCCUGCUGAAUGCUGUCAGCAUGCUAAAAUCUUGGAGGAUACGCAGUUUGUGGAUGGAUAUAAGCAGUUGGGAUUUCAGGAGACUGCUUAUGGAGAGUUCCUAAACAGAUUGAGAGAGAACCCUAGGCUUAUCGCGUCCUGUCUGGUUGCUGGAGAGAAGCUCAACCAGGACAACACCCAGAGUGUCAUUCACACAGUCUUUACCUCCAUUUAUGGCAACUGCAUCAUGCAGGAGGAUGAGAGCUACCUCCUGCAGGUCCUUCGUUACUUGAUCGAAUUUGAACUUAAGGAAAGUGACAACCCUAGGCGGCUGUUGAGACGAGGCACUUGUGCGUUCAGCAUCUUAUUCAAACUUUUCUCCGAAGGACUAUUUUCUGCAAAACUCUUUCUUACUGCAACUUUACAUGAGCCAAUCAUGCAGCUUCUGGUUGAAGAUGAAGAUCACCUGGAAACUGAUCCAAACAAAUUAAUUGAGAGAUUCUCUCCAGUCCAACAGGAAAAGUUGUUUGGAGAGAAAGGCACAGAAAAAUUUAAGCAAAGAGUCCAAGAGAUGGUUGAUUCCAAUGAAGCGAAGCUGGUGACCUUGGUGAACAAAUUCAUUGGCUAUCUGAAACAAAAUACGUACUGUUUUCCACAUAGCUUGCGAUGGAUCGUGUCACAAAUGUACAAAACGCUCUCGUGUGUAGACAGAUUGGAGGUUGGGGAGGUCAGAGCAAUGUGCACAGAUCUCCUCCUAGCAUGUUUCAUCUGUCCUGCAAUUGUUAAUCCAGAACAGUAUGGGAUAAUUUCUGAUGCUCCUAUAAAUGAAGUGGCGAGAUUUAAUCUGAUGCAGGUUGGGAGACUUCUGCAGCAGUUGGCAAUGACAGGUUCUGAAGAGGGAGAUCCACGUAUGAAGAGCAACCUUGCUAAAUUCGACAAAAGCUGUGUUGCUGCUUUCCUGGAUGUCGUUAUUGAUGGGCGUGCAGUUGAAACUCCUCCCAUGUCUUCUGUCAACCUUCUGGAGGGGCUGAGUAGAACAGUGGUUUACAUGACAUACAGCCAGCUAACUACUCUGGUUAGUUUCAUGCGAAAUGUAAUGUUGAGUGAUCAACUUAAGGAAGAUCGGAUGGCUUUGGAAAACUUGCUAGCAAACUUACCCCAGAACAAACCAGGGAAAAGUAGCAGCCUUGAAAUGACGCCGUAUAAUACCCCACAGCUCUCUCCUGCGACUACUCCAGCUAACAAAAAAAACCGAUUACCGAUAGGACAGCAAUUGGCAGCCAUUACUGCCUGGGAUACCUCUGCUACCAAUCUUUCAGCUCAUAUAACUCUAGUAACCCCUUUUGCAACUCGUAGCAGAAGUAGGUCAAAUAUUCUCAUGGAUCAGCAUGGGGAUCAUGAAGGGUCCUCCCAGGAGACCAUCCCAGAAGUUCAGCCGGAAGAAGUGCUGGUGAUUUCUUUGGGAGCAGGUCCACAGAUUACUCCAGGAAUGAUGUCAGAAAAUGAGGUCUUAAAUAUGCAGCUUGCAGAUGGUGGACAAGGAGAUGUCCCUGUUGAUGAAAACAAACUCCAUGGUAAACCUGAUAAAACCUUGCGCUUUUCACUCUGCAGUGAUAAUCUGGAAGGAAUAUCUGAAGGUCCUUCAAAUCGCUCCAACUCAGUAUCAUCUUUGGAUUUGGAAGGGGAGUCUGUAUCAGAGCUUGGUGCAGGUCCCUCUGGGAGCAAUGGUGUUGAAGCUCUGCAGCUGCUGGAACACGAACAAGCCACAACUCAGGAUAAUCUUGAUGACAAGCUCCGUAAAUUUGAAAUCCGUGAUAUGAUGGGGUUGACUGAUGACAGAGAUAUAUCAGAAACUGUGAGUGAAACUUGGAGUACAGAUGUCUUGGGUAGUGACUUUGAUCCAAAUAUUGACGAAGAUCGUUUACAAGAAAUUGCAGGUGCAGCUGCAGAGAACAUGCUAGGCAGCUUGCUGUGUUUACCAGGUUCAGGAUCUGUGUUGCUUGAUCCUUGCACAGGUUCAACCAUCUCAGAAACCACAAGUGAGGCCUGGAGCGUGGAAGUAUUACCGAGUGAUUCAGAAGCCCCAGAUCUAAAACAGGAGGAAAGGCUGCAAGAACUGGAAAGCUGUUCUGGGCUGGGUAGCACAUCAGAUGACACAGAUGUAAGGGAGGUCAGUUCUCGACCCAGUACACCAGGCCUCAGUGUUGUCUCAGGUAUUAGUGCAACAUCUGAAGAUAUUCCUAAUAAGAUUGAGGAUCUCAGGUCUGAAUGUAGCUCUGACUUUGGGGGAAAAGAUUCUGUGACAAGUCCUGACAUGGAUGAAACAGCCCAUGGAGCCAGUCAGUUGACAUCCCCUCCUUCUCAGACAGAUUCUUUGCUUGCAUUGUUUGAUCCUUUGUCAUCGAAUGAGGGUGUGUCAGCUGUUGUACGGCCUAAGGUACACUAUGCAAGACCAUCUCACCCACCGCCAGAUCCACCAAUUUUGGAAGGAGCUGUGGGAGGUAAUGAGGCUCGAUUACCAAACUUUGGGUCUCAUACUUUAAUUCCAACUGAUUUAGAAGCAUUCAAGCAGAGGCACUCUUAUCCGGAAAGGCUGGUCCGCAGCAGGAGUUCAGAUAUAGUGUCAUCAGUUCGGAGACCUAUGAGUGAUCCUGGGUGGAACAGACGUCCUGGUAAUGAGGAGAGGGAGCUUCCAAUGCCAGCCACAGGGACGGCUGUUUUGAUGGCUACAUCUCAGUCAUCGUCUUCAUCUCCCAGUAAGGACUCCUCUAGGGGAGAGAUUGAUGAGCGAAAAGACAGUGAUGAUGAGAAGUCUGACAGAAACAAGCCAUGGUGGAGAAAACGCUUUGUGUCUGCCAUGCCCAAAGCUCCAAUUCCAUUUAGAAAGAAAGAAAAGCAGGAAAAAGACAAAGAUGAUAUGGUACCUGACAGAUACUCAACACUACAAGAUGAUCCAAGCCCAAGGCUCAGCGCUCAGGCUCAAGCUGCAGAAGAUAUUCUGGACAAAUACAGGAAUGCAAUUAAGCGAACCAGUCCUAGUGAAGGAGCUUUAGUAAACUAUGACAGUGGAGAGACUACAGGGGAUGGUGAGAGUGUCCAUGACUCUCCACGUGAUGAGGCUUUGCAAAACAUGUCUGCAGAUGAUCUCCCAGACUCUGCAAGUCAAGUAGCUCAGCCACAAAGUUCUGCUUUCUCCUAUAGGGAUGCAAAGAAGAAAUUGAGGUUGGCUCUCUGUUCAGCAGAUUCUGUUGCCUUUCCAAUGUUGACACAUUCAACGAGGAAUGGUUUACCGGAUCACACAGAUCCUGAAGAUAAUGAAAUUGUGUGCUUCUUGAAAGUUCAGCUAGCUGAAGCUAUUAACCUUCAAGACAAGAACUUGAUGGCCCAGCUGCAAGAAACAAUGCGGUGUGUAAGCCGCUUUGAUAACAGGACCUGUCGGAAGCUGCUAGCCUCUAUUGCAGAGGACUAUAGGAAAAGAGCUCCGUAUAUUGCUUAUUUAACUCGAUGCCGCCAAGGCCUGCAGACAACACAGGCACACUUGGAAAGGCUAUUGCAAAGAGUUCUGCGAGAUAAAGAAGUGGCCAACAGAUACUUCACUACAGUGUGUGUGAGGUUACUGCUAGAGAGCAAAGAAAAGAAAAUCAGGGAGUUUAUUCAAGAUUUCCAGAAACUUACGGCAGCAGAUGAUAAAACAGCCCAAGUUGAAGAUUUUCUUCAGUUCUUAUAUGGAGCAAUGGCUCAGGAUGCCAUAUGGCAGAAUGCCAGUGAAGAACAGCUUCAGGAUGCACAAUUAGCUAUAGAGCGCAGUGUGAUGAAUCGUAUUUUCAAACUUGCAUUCUACCCUAAUCAGGAUGGAGAUAUUUUACGUGACCAAGUCCUUCACGAGCACAUACAGAGGUUAUCUAAAGUGGUGACUGCCAACCACAAAGCACUUCAGAUUCCCGAGGUGUAUCUCCGGGAGGCACCGUGGCCAUCUGCACAGUCUGAAAUCCGUACAAUAAGUGCUUACAAAACCCCCCGAGACAAAGUGCAGUGUAUCCUGCGAAUGUGCUCAACCAUUAUGAACCUGCUUAGCCUGGCAAAUGAAGAUUCAGUACCUGGGGCAGAUGACUUUGUUCCUGUUCUGGUCUUUGUUCUCAUAAAGGCAAACCCACCUUGCUUGCUGUCCACUGUUCAGUACAUAAGUAGCUUCUAUGCCAACUGCUUAUCUGGAGAAGAAUCCUACUGGUGGAUGCAGUUCACAGCAGCAGUUGAAUUCAUUAAAACUAUUGAUGAUCGCAAGUAACUCAGCACAUACAUGGGCAGACUGUUAGCAGAAGAGUCUGUAAGAAUGUACAACAGCUGCAAAAGCUAAGAAAAGACUUUGAUUGUAUAAUACUGUACAGAAUCGAGGCAUUUUAAAACACAGCUUUACUAAUCAAAUUAAUUUAACAGGUUUUCCUCUUCUUUUGGUUGCAUUUUUCUCCCCUAUAGAUACUGGCACUGAAAAAGGGACCACAGUUUUCAGGUAUUUUGGAAUCUCAAAACAUACAGAAAAGUCUUUGUGGGUUUUCCACCACCCCUCUUCCUGAAUUCUUACUCACGUGAAUAAUUCACUUCAUUUCUAAUGGAACACUGAAACAAGAAUAAUCAGGGCAACCACUUAGUGUACUUUCUAGCUCAAUACACCUUUUAUUAAUAAAACACCAGCCACACUGAAAGUUUGUAGUAGGUGACGUUAGUUACCAAUUGUAUCUCACCUAAAUUGAAAAUCAGAGAGGACAGUGUAAAUAGUAUAUAACUAUAUUUAAUGCAUCGCAGUUAUCUUUGGACUCAUUAUCCUUUGAAUAAACAAGGAAAAGCCUCUCUGACCUCUAACAGGUUGUUACAUACUGUGCUUUGGUAAAUGAAAGGACUUCCUCAAAAAGGCAAAGAUUAAAAAAGGGCAAAUGGAACUAUUUAUUAAAAUGUAAUUAAGAGUACUGAAAUUUCUGAAACUGGAAUUUAUAAUAGACAGGGCUUGUUAGAUAGCUGAACACUUUUUGGCUAGGGCAUUAGGGCACUAUAAAGGUUUGAAUAUGUAAAGGAGAGAGGGUCUGUAAGUUACAGUAGAUAAGCCUAAUAUAAAAGAGGAGUAAUAAAAUACCUUACUGUAAUAUUUUUUCUGAAAUAUUGUGUAUACUGUACAAACCCCAAACAGAGAUCCUUAACAGAACCUUGGGCUGUAAUAUAUAUUUUGAUUAGUGACAUUAAAUACAUAUACCAGG